GCAGAUCUGGGCAGUCAGAUUCUGGUUUGGUGAGUUUCAGGAACAGGCAGUGUGUACACCAUACACAGAUCGAAAGCAAGUUAGACGGACGGGAAGGGUUUUUUUUUUUUCUGAAAUGAAAAGAGAAAGAAGAGAAGAGUGAACAACUUGCGAGGACGCAUAGGAGGGUUUAAGUGACAGACGGCAAGCAGCACCUUCGCUGAACAUCAUGCAGCCUUGACUCAAGCGACGCAUCAGCUAUGACAGGAGGCUCCUUGACAGCGAACGUGAGGCCAGAGAGAACCUGACAAGACAACCCAAAGGAGGAGAGGAAGAGUAGGCAAAGAUGAGAAAGUGACAAGCUGGAUCGCUGCUUUUGAACUUUGGAAGAAGACCCAACAGUGACGCAGUGACUACACGUCCCAUCAUCCUACAGGCACCACAUCUGAUUGGAUGGUUUUGUCAGAAUGACAGCCGAAGAUCCUGCUUCUUCCCCGGCCAUGAGCAAUAACGCUGCCCUCUCCAAAUCUUCUGGUGCUUCACACCACUCUUUUCAUGGACAGAACAUCCCAGAGGGAGUAGCAGGUGCUCCCAAUGAGGCUGCAUUGGUGGCCCUGAUGGAGCGCACUGGCUACAGUAUGGUCCAAGAAAAUGGACAGCGUAAAUAUGGCCCUCCUCCUGGUUGGACCGGUGCAUCUCCUCCACGGGGAUGUGAAAUCUUUGUGGGCAAGAUCCCACGGGACGUUUAUGAGGAUGAGCUGGUCCCAGUGUUUGAGUCCGUAGGGCGCAUCUAUGAGAUGCGGCUGAUGAUGGACUUUGAUGGCAAGAACCGAGGUUACGCAUUUGUCAUGUACACAGAGAAACAUGAGGCCAAGCGGGCCGUACGUGAGCUCAACAACUAUGAAGUGCGGCCUGGGCGGCUGCUAGGGGUCUGCUCUUCGGUGGACAACUGCCGUCUUUUCAUUGGUGGUAUCCCCAAAACCAAAAAGCGUGAAGAGAUCUUGGAGGAGGUUUCCAAGGUGACAGAAGGGGUACUAGAUGUGAUAGUUUAUGCCAGUGCUGCUGACAAGAUGAAGAACCGAGGCUUUGCCUUUGUAGAGUAUGAGUCACACCGUGCAGCUGCCAUGGCUCGUAGGAAGCUGAUGCCUGGACGCAUUCAGCUCUGGGGCCAUCAGAUUGCAGUGGACUGGGCUGAGCCUGAGAUUGAUGUGGAUGAAGACGUGAUGGAGACAGUGAAAAUCCUCUACGUCAGGAAUCUUAUGAUGGAGACCAGCGAGGAGACAAUCAAACAGGUGUUCAGCCAGUGGAAUCCUGGAUGUGUUGAACGUGUAAAGAAAAUACGCGAUUACGCCUUCGUCCACUUUAACUCACGGGACGAUGCUGUGCUGGCCAUGGACCACCUCAAUGGCACAGAGGUGGAAGGGUCUUGUAUUGAGGUGACACUCGCGAAGCCAGUUGACAAAGAGCAGUACUCUCGCCAGAAGGCCUCCAAGGGUGCUUCUGGCACUCCAGAGGCUACUCAGCAGAAUUACGUUUACCAGUGUGAUCCCUACACUCUGGCCUACUAUGGUUAUCCCUACAAUACCCUCAUUGGACCCAACAGGGACUACUUUGUCAAAGGAUCCCCAAUGAUACAGAACAAUGCAGGUACUGUGCGAGGCCGUGGUCGUGCUGCUGCAGGUAACCGUACCCCUGGACCACGGGGGUCGUACCUGGGGGGUUACUCUGCCGGUCGUGGCAUCUACAGCCGCUACCAUGAGGGCAAGACCAAGCAGCCUGAAAAGUCCUAUGAGCUGAUGCCCAGUCUGGAGCUGGCUGCCUCUGUCAACCCUGUUGGCAUCAAACCUGGCACAAUGGCAUUGCCAACUCUGGGUGGGCAGUACCCAGUGUUCAGUGCGGCUCCUGCAGCCAAGCUAAUGGAGGAGGGGAAGGUACACACAGUAGAGCACAUUAUCAACCCUCUGGCCAUGCAACACCCUGAACACACCACCGCUUCUGCUGCUGCUGCUGCUGCAACCGUCCUACCUGCUGUCUCUACCCCUCCACCCUUUCAGGGACGUCCAAUCACCCCUGUCUAUGCCAUGGCCCACAACGUACAGCGCAUCCCAGCUGCCGGGGGCUUGUAUGGAGCUGGAUACGUCCCCAUUGCAAACUACGCUGCCAACACAACAGCUCUGGCAACUCUCCAGAAGAAUGCAGUGGUGGCAGCUGCAGCAUAUGGUGGAUACACAGGCUAUGCGAUGCCACAAGCCUUCCCUGCCACAGCCUUUCAGCUGCCCAUCCACGAUGUCUACCAGACAUAUUGAUGGUGAGGGUCAGAGCGCGACAAAGUUACCCUGCCUGUGACUGAAUGACCACCACAGCGUGCAGUCUGUCCCCUCAAACAGAAGCAUCAUUUGAACCUGUGAACAUCCAAAAGCUCUAAAGGAACAUUGUUUGAAGCAAAUAUUUAGAAGACAGACAAUAAUAUAAUGACAACCUGACAACUCAUAUCUGUCCCACCUACUGGCCUCAGUAUAUCCAGGACCCAAGGCACCACAUGACAAGCUUAAUUAUGCAGCAUCACUUUAAAUUAUAACUCACAAAGAGAACAGUGCACAUACUGAGGAAACCUACCUGUAUGUGGUGACAAUCGCCUGCCCAGAUAACAACAAGCCUUACUCAGAAUAACAACAGUCACAACUCCCAUCUCUCUAUGUCGUCGUCUCUGUCUGUGUGGCUGACCACCACCACCUUGUUGCAAUGGAAACACUGAAGGUACAUUCAAGUAUUUAUGAAGAGAAGAUAUGUAUUUAAGGUUUUAUUCUCCUUAGGUUUCUCUUAUUUUUGCGGAGGUAUUUGUUUUCUGAAGCAGGGAAGUCUAAAAAUUGUUUCAAGAAAGAAAAGUAAAUUUUUAAAAAAGUAAAAGUAGAGGAUACCACUGAAGAUAACUGUUUUGGAUAUACUGAUGUUUUCUCAAGUAUUUUUUCCAUUAAUAUAUAGUAUUCUAGACAAUUCCAGUAGGCUUUAGGUGAUGCUGUCCGUCCGUGUUGGUUGAAUGUGUAUGCUUCAAACAUGUCUUUGUGGUACUUUUUGUUUUCUUUAGUUUUAUUUGUGUUUGUUUUAAAUGAAGGUUCUAAGUAUUGUGUUCAUUUGCUACUAUAAUUAGUUGGCUUAGUUUCUCCUCUUUUGUUUUUGGCACAUUGGUUUUGCCACAUAAUUAACAUUUUUGCAACAGAUUCCUUUAGGAAUAAAUUCUAGAAAAAGAAAAAAAACUGGAAAACUUCUUUCAAUAAUGGGUAACAUGAGAUGUUUCCUAUCCUCUGAAAUUGCGCUGAUGGGAGAUUAAGACAGAACAGAUGUUAGUUGUUUUGUUUCUCAGUUAUGUAUCUUUAUUGUUGUUGUUGUUGUUUUUUAUUAUUGUUGUAUGACUUUUGAAAGGUGAACAAAUAUGGACAGAAAUGACACAUUUUUCUAUAAAUGGACUGGAGCACUCACUUAAACAGCUCCUGUAUUUGCCAACGCUAACCAAAAAACAACAAACAAACAAACAAAAAAAAACUCCAAAACAAAACAAACAAAAAAAAAACUUACUUACAGCCACAAACACUCCUGUCGUGAUUCUAAAAGAUUGUGCCUGACUAUAGUGCCUUACACCUGUGUAACGUAUGUGCUACUGUUUUUUACUGUGCCUUUCAUAACAAAGUGAAGCAACUUUGGUUAGUACAGGGGAAACACUCGCAGGAAAACUGGAAGUUUUCAAUAUUCUUAUUUCUAGUGAACCAAAUCUGUAGUCUUACUGUAUCGUGGUGAGACAAACAGGUUAGAGUCUCAGCAGUCAAAUGGGACAAGGCUACCUCUUUCCUGUAAGUCUCUUCUCUGAAUGCUUCUGCAGUAACACUCCACAUGUCUGUCUCUUCUUCAUUUCUCGUCCUACAAACUGUGCUUGACCAAGGUGCACUUAAAACAUAUUUAUCAAAGGCAAGAGAUUGUGACUUUCAGAUGAAGAGAUAUUAAAUCCUGAGUAUGAAUUCAUACGGUGUGUAAACAGUGCUAGUUUCAUUGUCUGUACGUGUGACUGAGGUUUUCCUCGCGGAUAAAGCAUAAGACAUAAAGUAACCCUGAUGAAUGUUCAGCAGGCACUUUUUAAAACUCUGCAGUGUGUUGAAAACAAGUGUAAUAUUGGACUGGGAGCAAUACCUCAUGCUGAACUGUACAAGUAGCCAUGCAUGGAUUUACCAUAGCACACAAAUAUAACGGAUGCAAGCAGCUGCUGAUCAUGAAUCCACACUCCACAUCGGCAUGCAAAACAUCUGUAUACUGUUUUAUAUUUGUCAACCACUUGUAGAAUGUUUUGAAGUUUCCAAUCCUUUUUUUUUUUUAACUUCAUUUUACCCAUGAAACAACAUGAGUUUGAUACUGAGAAUGGCCUGGAUUUUGAGAUCAUGACAAAGCUCAUGAUGUUUUUGGUUCAAGAAAUUAACUGCAAUUAUCCACAGCAAACAAGACUUUUUUUUUUAUUUCAUCUCACUCCAUCAUCUACAUUUCGCUACUGCUUUUAUUAUUUUCUUGUAUGAUGACAAUAAGUCAGGAUAUAUUUAAUAUAUGCAUUACAUGUGUUGUGUAUGAAGUAAGAAGAAAAGGUAUAAUAUAUUCUAAAACAUGUUUCUUUUCUUUAUUUACACCUUGUUUAGGGAUAACAAGUCAGAGUAACAAAAGUAGAAAAAAAGUUUUUUUUGGUUUUUGUUUUUUUUUUGCCAAAGUGUCCAAUAGUUUUUGAAAAUUCAAUGUUCUUGUGUUUUUGUUAUGUGUAAUAUUCUGUUUGCUAUUUUGAACUGGAUUUGGUGUAAUGAGUGGGAACACAAAGACCUUCUCGUUCAGCUACAUUUUAUCAGCUCCAACAGCAAAGACUAAAACUGGUCAGUUGAAUGUGUUACAAUCCAUUGGCACUUUGAACUGCUGGUGUUGCAACUCUCUGAGUCAGUUUUGACAAAACUGUUAAAGGCCUUGCGAUUUAAGAGUCAUUUUAUGUCCCCCUCAAUACACCUACUUUAUUUGCUAUUGCCUGCAUUUCAUCUACACUACAGCAAGGACGAACCCCUGGUCCUUGCGUCAGUGGUGUGGAGCUACAUAUGCCUUGUUUAACAUAGGUGUUACCAUUUAAACUCUUCCUAGUGUGUGCCUUAUUGCCAAGAUGUGCCCUUUGCUAUACUUUUGUAGACCUAUGCAGACUGUUCUCUAUCUGAAGGUUUGUUUUAAGAAAAAAAAAAGAUUGUUUGGUCUUGUUAUAUUUAUAGUGAUGAAGUAGAUAAAUAAAGCAUUUUCAAAAAGA